AAUCUAUAGUCCUUCCAAACCCCUGCCUUCGACCUAACCCCUCUCUCUCUCUCUCUCUCUCUAGCCCAUACCGAAACCCUUUGAAGUUCGAUCUCUCCAGUUUUCUCUCUCUUGUUUGAUCCAAAUAAAAGUAGAAACACGAAUACAAUGUUCUUGUUCUUCCAACUCAGAUAAUGGAAACCGAUUCUAGCGAGUUAGCCACUCGCUCUCCUCUUGGUAUCGAUCUCAAUGAGAUCCCUUCCUCUUCCUCUCCUUCUUCCGUAGCCGUAUCCGAAUCCGUACCAGCACCCACACCCACCCAGACUGUCCUGCCUAACCCUGAACCUUCUGAGCUCGACUCUCUUGAUGUCGUCCGCUCUUUCCACGAGAAUCAGGACCCGGCGUCUGGAAUCGCUGCCAGAUUGCCCAGGGAGCAGGGGCUACCUACGUGCGGGGCGUGCGGAAAGCCGGAGGUGCGAGGGCAUGUAGUUGUGUGCGACGGGUGUGAGCGUGGGUUUCAUAUCACAUGUGCGGGAAUGCACGGAAGGCAAGCUAUGAAUUUGGUGGAUUGGAUAUGUGGAGAGUGCGUGAGUGGUGGUGUUAAGAGUAAACGGUGGCCUUUAGGUGUUAAGAGUAAGCGGAUUUUGGAUAUCAACGCGUCGCCGCCAAGCGACUGCGAUGGCGAUGGGGAGAGCUCUGAAGAGCGGGUCAAUUUGAGGAAGCACACUCUGGUUGGUAAUUCUUCUAGUAGAGAUGCAUUUGUUGCUCCAGUGACAUAUUCUAACCUUGUGUAUGCGAGAAAUGGGUUUGGACCUUUUGACUGUAGAAAAGGUUCUGGACUUAUGAUGAAGGCUUUCAGAGUGGGUUUUGAAGAUAUAUUGCAUCAUGCACAGACUGUGGAUAGUAGUUUAGAGGAGAUAGAUUUAGGUUUCCCUCUAGGAAGGCUUAGAAGUACUAAUAAUACUGCCAUUAGAUUACCAUCUCGAAGUCCAAAUGAGAUUCUUCUGCAGGGUCUUAGAGAAUUCAUCUCUGAAAGGCAUGGCAUGUUGGAUGAAGGUUGGCAUGUGGAAUUGAAACAUUCCAUGACUAGUUAUGAAGUAUAUGCUGUUUAUUGUUCUCCAGAUGGAAAGACAUUUGGUUCAAUGUCUGAGGUUGCUUGUUAUCUUGGGUUGACACCUAAUUGCAAUUCAAUUGACAGUGACAAGAGAAGUGAUGGGUCUCCUCUGCAAGAGAGGUUGCAUUUACCCAAAAGAAGAAAGUCAAAAAGAUCUUCACUUGCCAAUGGUUUUACUGAAAAUAAACAAGCUCUGGUAAAUGGAUAUCACAAGGAUCUCUUGUCCAAUGGUCAAAGUACAGAAAUUGGUGAUACUCAAUUUGGUAAAGUUGGAGAAGCUGAUGCAGAAGAAGACGAUAUCACUAAAUCUCUGUCAUCAGAUGAAGAACUUCCUGUCCAGUUUGAAGAUUUCUUUGUUAUUUCUUUGGGAAAAAUUGAUGCGAGACCUUCAUAUCAUGAUACUCAGUUAAUUUGGCCGGUAGGUUAUAGAUCCUGUUGGCAUGACAAAGUUACUGGGUCUCUUUUCGUGUGUGAAGUGCUGGACGGUGGUGAUUCUGGACCAGUCUUCAAAGUCAGGAGGUUUUCAUGCUCAGUGUUGCCUGUUCCUGAAGGCUCAAGUGUUCUAUGUAGAAAAAACUCUGGCCAAUUUGCUGGUCAAAAAAGCAAAGAGUAUAAUGAUAUGAUUUGCCAUAAUAUGGAUUAUGAUGAAGAUGGCACUGUUGAGAUGAUUCUGGCAGAUGCUUCCCCACCAACAGAAGAUGAUAUCUUGACCUGUCUUGAUCAUAGUUCAAAUGGGACUUAUGGUGUUCAGACUACAGAGAGCUUGCAAAGUAGUUCCUCUCACAGCAGGGCUGGAAACUUUUCAUCCUGCGAUUUGGGAUUAGGAGAUGAGAUUGGGGAGAUCUCAGCAGAAGAAUGCUCAUCAUCUUCAGCAUGGAGAAUGGUGUCUCAGAAAUUAAUUGAUGCUUAUUCUGAAAUUUGCAAUCGGAAAGGUAUCCUUAAGUUGUACUGCAAACAUGUCAAUAAUGAAAUUGGGUCACUAACCUGCGAUGAGGAUAAAAAGAGCUCAGUAGGUUUUGCUUCAUUGGCCAAAUUUUGCAGUUCCCCUGGGUCUUUUGGCAUGCCACUGGAAUACGAGGGUGAGGUUGACAAUUUGGCUGCUGCUCUGUCAAAAUGGUUGGAUCAAGACAGAUUUGGGUUGGACACAGAUUUUGUGCAAGAAAUCAUAGAACAGCUUCCUGGUGUUGGCGCCUGUCCAAAUUAUGAAUUUCUGUUUAAUAGAAGUGAUUAUUCUGAAUCCCAAACAGUUGGAAAUGGACUUCUAAUGGCUAAAAGGAAAAAUGGAGCAGAUUUAGAUGAUUUAUUUCAAAGAUCCAAAAAACCCAGGCUCGGGGAGGAUUGUGGGACAGGUGAUCAUCCUCCUCCUCCUGGGAGGUGGUUGUGCUCCAAGCUUCCACCUGUUCUUGUUGGCGACUUAUAUCAGGUGUGGGAGUUACUAUGGCGAUUCCAUGAAAUAUUGGGUUUAAAAGAGCCUUUGUUGUUAGGGGAACUUGAAGAAGAACUUAUCAACCCAUGGACUGAUGGCUCAAAUCUUUCAGAAAAUCUUGAGAGGAAGGUCCCUGGGAUUCAAAUUGUUGAUUUAGAUAAAGUUGAUGGCAUAAGUGGACCAAUCUUAUCUUCAUGUGAAGAAUUAUGUACGGGCCAAGGGGAUAAUUCACAUGUUUUGAUACAAGUGGAAAAAGGUGGGACAAAUGAUUUAGCCCAAGAUAGACUUGCAUCUGUUUCUCAUAGCAGAUGCUCUGGAGUAGCAUUGACAAAGGUUCAUAGUUCACUGCUAUCAGUGCUAAUAACUGAGAUGCAAUCAAAGGUUGCUGCACUUGUCGAUCCAAAUUUUGAUUCUGGUGAAUCAAAAUCAAAACGGGGGAGGAGGAAAGAUGCUGACAACUUAAUUCCAUUGAGAAAUAAGCUUACUACUCUUCCUAUCAAUGAACUGACUUGGCCUGAAUUAGCCCGGAGAUAUAUAUUGGCUGUCUUAUCCAUGGAUGGUAGCCUUGACUCUGCCGAUGUUACUGGUCGUGAAAGUGGUAAAGUUUUUCGCUGCUUACAGGGUGAUGGUGGGGUGCUUUGUGGCUCACUUGCUGGAGUUGCGGGGAUGGAGGCAGAUGCACUCUUGCUUGCAGAGGCUACAAAGAAAAUUUAUGGUUCCUUGAGCAGAGAAAAAGAUGUUCUUACAAUGGAGGAUGAAGUAACUAAUUCAAGUGGUUCUUCUUGUGAAAAGAAUAGUGUGAAUGAUGGCAAUAUCCCAGAGUGGGCACAGGUUCUGGAACCUGUUAGAAAGCUACCCACCAAUGUGGGGACUAGAAUCAGAAAGUGUGUAUACGAGGCACUGGCAAAAUGUCCUCCUGAAUGGGCGAAGAAAAGAUUAGAACAUUCAAUAAGUAAGGAGGUCUACAAGGGCAAUGCAUCAGGUCCUACCAAGAAAGCAGUUCUUUCAGUGCUAGCAGAUUUAUUGAAUGAAGAAUUGCCUCAGAAAUCUGAGAAGAGAAAUAAAAGGAAGAUUACUAUACCUGUAUCUGACAUUAUAAUGAAAAAAUGUCGUAUCGUACUCCGUCGUGCUGCUGCAGCUGAUGAUUCAAAAAUUUUCUGCACCUUGCUGGGAAGAAAUCUAAUAAAUCCCUGUGACCAUGAUGAUGAGGGACUUCUUGGAUCUCCAGCCAUGGUUUCCCGUCCUCUAGAUUUUAGGACAAUUGAUUUGAGAUUGGCAGUUGGGGCCUAUGGUGGAUCACAUGAAUCUUUUCUUGAGGAUGUUCGAGAGUUAUGGAACAAUGUCCACACUGCAUUUAGAGACCAGCCUGAUUUGGUUCAAUUGGCCGAGACUCUAUCACAAAAUUUUGAAACUUUAUAUGAAAAGGAGGUGGUUACUCUUGUUCAGAAGUUUGAAGAUUAUGCUAAAUUGGAUCACUUAAGUGCAGAAGCCAAGAAAAAAUUAGAUGAUAUUCUUGCAUCAACUAAUGAGAUUCCAAAAGCUCCUUGGGAUGAUGGUGUCUGUAAAGUAUGUGGUGUUGAUAAAGAUGAUGAUAGUGUUCUGUUGUGUGAUACUUGUGAUGCUGAGUAUCAUACUUACUGCUUAAAUCCUCCACUUGCAAGGAUUCCCGAAGGAAAUUGGUAUUGUCCGUCUUGUGUUGGUGUAAAUAUGGUUCAAGAGGCGUCAGUAAGUUCUGAGGUCAUUGGCCAAACCCACAGUAAAAAGUACCAGGGAGAAAUUACCCGUGCUUACUUGGAGACACUAAUGCAUUUAGCAGUUUCAAUGGGAGAAAAAGAUUAUUGGCAUUUUGGCAUAGAUGAGCGAACCUUCCUUCUUAAGUUUCUCUGUGAUGAAUUACUCAACUCUGCUCUUGUUCGUCAGCACCUUGAGCAAUGUGUAGAAACUACAAAUGAAUUGCAGCAGAAAUUGCGUUCAUUAUCUGUGGAUUUAAAAAAUCUCAAGUCCAGGGAAGAAUUUCUGGCUGUGAGAACUUUGAAGUUGGAUACCAGCGCAUCUGGAGAUGCAAGGGAAGGACUUGGUUCUGCAUUUACAAAUCAGAGUAAUUGUAUGGGAAAGCCACCUAGUUUGAGUGAUAGACCUAAUCACUUCUGUGCCUGCUCUGAUGAUGUGCCUGCAAUAGAUGACAGUCAAGAGGGAUGUGGGAUUAGUAGCUUUGGUAAACAUCCUUCUGUUCUGAAUUAUGAGAAAAAGCUCAAUUGUGACAGCAAAACUGGUAAUACGAUGGAUACUAAAGGGCAAGUGAAAGAUGUUGUCAUGGAUGGUAGUAGCAUACCAUAUCAAGAAAAUGACAAGUCCUUUAGACCUAGGGAGUUAUCUUUAUCAAGUCAUUUGCCACAAGUGAUUGAUCACACGGGUGAAAUUUGCCACCAUAAUAACUUGCAAGGACAUGUUGAGAAAGACUCUUCAGCUCCUUCAAAUCAUCCAGGAUCUUCUCUGUCAUCAGACAUGAAUAUUCAUGCUGUUGAGAAUGUGCCUUCUGUUGCUUUGAACGAGUCACAAGCCCACUGUCCUGAGUUGAGCACCAUUAAGGAUGACAUUCUUCAUCUGCAGAAUUUGAUUACCGGCAUUGAAUCACAACUUCUGAAACAAGCUACGCGUAGGGAGUUUCUGGGGAGUGAUUCCACAGGUCGUUUGUAUUGGGCUUCAGCUACAUCUGCUGGGCGUCCUCGGGUUGUUGUUGAUGGGAGUUUGACUUUGCAGCUCAGAAAAAUAGCAGAUCAUAGGGACUUAUCUGGCAAUGGUUCAAUGCUCCAUCAUUCUUCUUCAUUUGGCAUAAACACUUGUUUGAAUUUGGAGGAGUCAAGAGCUUGUUUUCCGUUCCUGUUUAAUCCAAAUGGUAACAUGGCUAAAUGUUCACUCUGGGUUUCUUAUGAAACUAAUGCAGAGAUUGAAGAGCUUAUUGGUUGGUUGGGGGAUAAUGACCAAAAGGAAAGAGAGCUAAAAGAGUCCAUUAUGCAAUGGUUAAAGCUAAGAUUCCAGGAGACUCAACAAACUAGAAACAUGGUUCAAGAAGAAUGCCAAGCAGCUUUGCCAACGGUCACGAACAAUGAUAAAACUGCAUUUUCUAAUUGUCUUGUUGCCAAGGCUGCGUUGUUUCUGGAGAAGAAGUAUGGCGCCUGUGCUGAGCGUGACAGCACUAACAUGUUGAAGAAGCGAGGAAAGAAAGGCAAAGGGAGCAGUGAAGAGAAAAUGUACCGAUGUGACUGCUUUGAGCUCAUUUGGCCUUCCAGACACCACUGCUCCUCUUGCCAUAGAACUUUCUCCAAUGAUGUUGAUUUUGGGGGGCAUAAUGAUGGUAGGUGCUCUAUUGUUCCAUCGUCCCAUGAGAAAAGUGAAGUGAGUAAUGAUUCCUUCAAAGCAAAGGGGAAUUUGAAAUCUGACCCGAAAGAGUUUGUCACUCAAAUGGAUAAAGUUAAUACUUCUAAAAGUGAUUGGUCUGAGCUUGGCUCAAGGUUGAUUAAAUUUCAAAAUGAAAGAAUUGAAUGCCCAUAUGACUUUUCAGAGAUAUGUUCCAAGUUUGUGACAAAGGAUUCCAACAAAGAAUUGGUACAGGAUAUAGGUCUUAUUGGGUUAAAUGGGAUUCCAUCAUUUGUCACAACUAUUUCUCCAUACCUCAGUGAUUCUAUGUUAAUGUUGAUAUCUCCUGAGAAGGAUACCAGUGUUUGUGACAAGUUCAAUGAUGAUGAAAGGCUGACCUUUACAAAAGGAAACAGAAGUGAGAGUAAUGUAGGCCUUCAGAGCUUAUCUGACAAUUUUGCCAAGGAAACUGCUGCAAAGGAAAUCAAUGAAGUAUUGAAAACCAAUAAACCUCUUUUGGGAUGCAUGCAACAAAGAGGGAGAAAGUCCUCUUCAGAUAAAUAUUUUGCUGAAAUGGGGUCCAGUCGCUUUUGUGUGGUCCCGCAGUCUUCAUUAAGGCCAUUGGUUGGGAAAGUAUCAUUUAUCUUAAGGCAACUAAAGAUCAAUUUGCUUGACAUGGAAGCUGCACUUCCAGAAGAAUCCCUGAGGCCAUCGAAAGCGCAGUUGGAAAGAAGGUGGGCCUGGCGUGCAUAUGUUAAAUCUGCAGAGUCAAUAUAUCAGAUGGUCCAAGCAACAAUUAUGUUGGAGGAGAUGAUUAAGACGGAGUAUUUGCGAAAUGAGUGGUGGUACUGGUCCUCACUUUCUGCUGCUGCCAAAACUUCUACAGUUUCUUCCCUUGCCCUGCGUAUAUAUUCCCUUGAUUCUUCCAUUGUUUAUGAGAAGACAUUGUCCAAUUCAGAUCCAAUUGAGAAUUUGAGGCCCAGCAGCAUAUCAAACCAGAAGCCAUUGCCUGGUUUGGAUUCAGUAGAAAAAUGCAAGGUAGGCAGGAAGUCUAACAAGAAACGGAAGGAACCAGAAGGUUGACCUUCAGACGUGAUCCCAAAACUUGUGAGGAAAUUUGAUCUGGGUGUAACUGAAUCCAGAGACAUUGGAAGAUGGCAGCUGGACUUUGUUGUUGGGAACAUGGCAGCCAUGUUAUCAAAAUGGCAAUGCUAGUUGAAUUUGAUCAGAUUUGGCUGAUGUACAGCGGCUGCCAUUUGUGGUGCUGCUGAUUCUUGUGCAUGUACAUAGACAAAACUGACAUGCUAACACACAUGGUGGAUUGUGAAGCGGGGCUUGUAGAGUUAUCUGUUUCCAGAGUUGGAGACACAAGGACUAGCGGAUAAAGAAGCAUGUGCCCAAUUUUGGACUGAUUUAUGCUGCAGCUUUCAGUUUGUUGCUCAGAAGAUGAAACGGAAAGAUGGUUUUCACAUGAAGAGCAGGAUCCAUAUACAUAUACCGAGAAAUUGAUGUAAAAAAGGGAGUAAAUUAGAAAAGAAAAAAAAAAUGAAAAGAUUUUAACGUUGGGUAGGUGUAGGCAAUAUUUCAUUCUUUACAGAUCUCCAUCUCUGUCUCUUAUAUUUCACAGUAUAUGGAAGAGUAAAAUUCUUGCAUUUUGCA